AUGCAGGAAGUGGCCACCGAAAUCCAUACACUUCUCCUGCAUAACGGCGGGCGCCGUGCGCCUGUCUAUGAAGGAUUUGGCGAGUGUGGCGGCUUUCUAGCUAUAGGGAGACUUCUUGCUGCUGUGCAGCGGGAAAGUGAUGAAGCGAAUGGCCCAACGAAAGCGCAUGGUUCUCAGUUAUUGUUCCUAGCGUUGUCGAUCCUCACUGACGCCAUUACCCACAGUCGAGACAACCUGCUUUCAUUUGAGCAGAUCCUGGGAUGGGACAGUUUGGUUGUGUCGCUGAAUGAUGCAGUUUCGAUGAGUGAUCGUGUUGUUGCUUUGCUAUUUGGCAUCGGCGUUGGCGAUGUCGCCGAGGGAGUAAAGCAGUUUCGAGGUGUCAGUGAAGCCCUAGCCAGCGGUCAAUGUGGUGCAAGUCAGGAUGUCGACUUUGAUGAUGGUGACCUUGAUGCGUGGCCAAGAUGGAAGACGCGUGCCAUCAUCCAUCCGCAUGCGCUAUAUUGUGCGUUGCGGCUUGCUGACUCCGACACGUCAGCUUCCUCCUACGUUCGACAUACCACGUAUAUCCUGCUCUACGACUUACUUCGCACAAGUAUCCGCAAUGCCGUCGUACUCUCACGCACGGCCGUCCUUUCUCGUGUGCUCGGAGCCUGGAUGAAAAAGCGUCCGGUACCGUGGGAGGAACGCGUUCUGCGUCUCUUGCUGCAAGAUGGCAUUAAGAAUGCCAAAGAUAUCCGUGCCGUGUUCGCACACUUGCUCCAGACACCGUCCCUUGAUGCCAAUUGCGAUCUGCUUGAUCUCUUGUAUGAUAUAGCGUUGGCCGUCCAUCGACCUUCAUCGCUUAUGUUUGAAGCGUUUGAUGAAGCGUCGGCAUCGACCACGGCUGGUGUGCAACUUAGUGCAUUAGACCGGCCAUUUCCUCCGGAUGAUGCACGGUCGACGGGCUUUACACUUGCGCUCACGUUGGAGCUGAUAGAAGUACAGCACGAGAUGCCUGCCGUCCUUGAUAUCCUGCAGUUGGGGCCUGAGGGUGCGUCGCUGCGUAUUUCCAUCGACUUGGGGCUAGAGUCGCUCGUGUACAAGCCAGGAGGGUUGGGUCAAGGCAUGUAUGCGCUUCCACGCACGAAGCUGGCCCUCCGGACUCCUCACCACAUUGUCCUGACGCAUGCAAAAUCGGCACCGAAUGUUGAGUCAACGGUACAUGUGUAUGUGGACGGUCAACGCGCGUGUACGCUGCAGGUACCGUGGCCUGGUGCUUUUCCGCAUCCUGCGUCUGUGUCCCUUGGCGCAAUACCUGUGCGCUCGAGUGGCCGAUCUUACGUGAUGUGGUCGCUGUCGUCGGCGUUUCUGCACGACCGAGUGGUGUCGUCUAGUGUGCCGCGACUCUUACAUGAGCUCAUGCCACUCUAUACAGGCAACCUGCAAGGCCCACUCGCUAGGUUUUUAACCUACUCUGGUAUGGCGCACAUGCAAGCGCGUUUGGAUGCUCUUGCCGAGGCCAGUGACCCAGAGACUUUGAGCCAGGCCUAUGUCGCCUUGCGUACAGCGAUGUACUCAGCGGCUGCCGACAUAUUCCCUCUGUCUGGCUUCUACUUUCACCUGCAGGCGGCUCACACGCUUCGCACAAAGUCUGCCGUUCUUGUCUUGAAUCAGGCCGUUGCGCGCAUCUCUGACGCUGCACGUGUAGCUCAUGGCCACGGCGUGCUCCAGGGCCUGCCAACGGUGCGUCAUCCUCGCGCACUUGAUGAGGCGGUAUGGGGCAUCGGCGGCUGCGCUGUGCUGCUUGCGCUCAUUGAGCGUGCCGACACGAGUCGUGCACUCGUGCAUGUUGUGCGUCUUUUCCUGCGCCUCGUAACGCAUUCGUGGCGUCUCGCUGAAGACGCCGAGCGUUUACAAGCGUAUGGCAUGCUGGGAGCGCUUCUACGGUCCCAGCUGCAUAUGCUGACACCGGACAUUGUGCACCUGCUGGAAGAAGCCAUCAUGCCCGACGGGCGGCUAGCCAACAUUCCGCUGUACCGCACUGUCCUACUUGACACUUCUCUCUGGGCGCAUGCGCCGUAUGAUGUGCAGCUGGCGUACGUGGUGCAUUUUCGCCGUGUGUUGCCACUCGGAAGCCGCCGUUUGCGAGAUGUGCAUCUUGUUCGGCGCAUCAUCCAAUUUGCUCGGGCAGCGCCGUUCGUCCCCGUCGAGCUCUUGACUGACACCGUCAAAACUGCCCUGGAACACUACUUCCGUCCGCGAAACGUCCAGGCGACCAUGCACUUUAUUACAAUGACGCUUGGUCAGACCGCUCCUUCGCCGCAAGCGCUUGGUGCGUCGCGUGCACGAACAGAUGCCGAUUCGCCAUACCCUCCGAUUGUGUGUGCGGCAACGCUGGUGCCUCGGUGUGCAAAGCCAAAUACCCGGACGCUCGUUAUGGCACGUGCAUGGCUCGAUGUGCUUGUACGCAUGCUGUCCGACGAUACAAAGCGUGUGGCGAUGGUCGCUGAGCUCGUGCACGCCAAGUGGCUCAUGAUUCUUGCGCGUCCUGGCCUGGCACGCGAAGACGUGCCGAACGUUCUCGAGCUGAUCGGCAUGCUGCUGAGCGCGUCGCCGUCGCUGGCGCAAACAUGGACGCGGCUCGGCGGUUUCCGUGUGCUGGAACGGACGCUGCCAAUGUACUGGGACGUGCCGUGUGUGAUGCCAUGGAUGUGGACCCUGUUUCUUGGCACACGACUGCCGAAGUCGUCGCUGUUCAGGACGUUUGCUCCUCGAGCAUACGACCAGGAUAUCUGUCAUGCACAGGCACUGCGUGUAAUAGUGCAGUGCCUGACACACGGCCUUAUGGCAUGCCGAUUCGCACCCAAGAAGCGGCGCGCAUCACUUCCCAUGGCACUGGUCGACACGACGAGGCUGGCUGUGCUGGAAGACUCCGUCCGCUUGCUCGUUGCGCACUCUCGAAAUGAGAGUGUGCGUGCUCUGCUGAUGCUCGCUCCGACGCUCGUUUCCCUGCUCCGUGCCACGGCGCCGCGCUUCAUUGACGAGCCGUGCGGUCCCCGCGUUGCCGCUCUUUGCGACAAUAUACUUGACAUGCUAGCAGCACGGAUUGCCGAGCUGACUCUUUCUUCGCACACGCUCACACUCCUGCACAACCUGCACUCGGCCAUGCCAACACCAGAUCCGCUGAUGCAGUCGCGCCUGUGCAUCUCUGUCUACACGCCGCUAUUCGUGCAUUUAGAUCGACUCAUCCGCGAGCGCACCGUACUGCGCCACACGCUCGAGCUUGUCUCAGACUUGCUGGAGAUGGCCUCGAAUGAGUCGCUGCGCUCGCUGCUUUUACAGCUCCGCAUCUUUGAUCUCGCCCAGCUUGUCGUGUAUGCGCCACCGAACCUCGUCUCGUUCAAAACGCGCAUGCAGACAACGUUAGCUCUCGAGCGUAAUGUGCUGCAUGCGUUUGCUGCGCAGGAAGCUUCGACGGCGCUUGCGUUCUGCUAUGAAGCUCGCUCUUUCAUGUUCACGGAUGCUUCCGACCUAGGCUUCAUCCAGUGCGUCGUGUAUCAUGCGUGGCUUGUCCAACGUGCAUCGGCCGACCGGCACGCCUGCUUGUGUCUCACGUUCAUCGGCGCGAAUUGGCCGGACCUUGUUGAGCUUCCGCUCGACCAGGUGCCGGACCCUCUUCCUUUUGCUUCCACGUGGGCGUCUACCUUUGCAUCGCAACAGGCGUUCCUCACCAGCUUGUGCCGGAACCGCGUCAAGGCAUGGACUCCUCACGUCUCGCCGCAGGUCUUGAACAAGCUCCAAGUACACGAACGCAUUGGACAAUGGCAUGCCGCGCUCAGGGAAAACGACGCGUUGCGCGCUGCUCGCAAUGCACAGGAUGUACGCGAAGAUGUCGCUUUCAUUCGGCGCCAAUGGACCGAGUCCCGCGAUCUCCUCCGCCUGCAGUCGUCACCAGAGGCCUCUGGCAACUGGUGCCUUGAUCCCACCGAAGGGCCUGGUCGUGCGCGGAUCAAACUGUGGGCCGUGCCCCAGCAUGUGUCUUGUGUGUCCGUAUCUAUGCCACAUGCACCUGACAUGCAUCUGCAUGUCUCAGAGCAGGAUGCGACGCCCCUCCCGGAACUCGUCGAUAUCAACACGCCCAUGGAGGGCAUGCCAUCUGAUGCACUCACUGCGCCAUUCUCUGGACGCUCUGCACACGCGGCCUCAGCAGCAGUCAUGGCGCCAGCACCCAUUCCGCCUCCAGAGGAGUUCGAGGACAAGGUGCGCUGUAUUCUGCGCACACUCGAGCCAGGCGAAAGUGUCGAGGACCUUCUCAAUACGUCCCGCGUCGUGGGCAUCGAUCUGCAAAGUAGUCUCUUGAUUGUCGGCACGCGGCACAUGUACCUACUCGAUGACUACUUCCAGCGCCCGAAUGGCGAGAUCGUCAAUGUCUGGGAUGCGCCAUCCCACGAACGCGAUGCUUUGAUACUGGCUGCUGGCGUGGGUCAGAUUACACAGAGCAAUGAGCCUGUCCAAAAGUGGCGCUGGGACCGCCUGCGCCUAUGCUUGGAUCGUGCUUGGCUUCACCGUCCGACAGCGCUUGAACUUUUCUCCCACGAUGGCCAGAGCUGUCUCCUCGUCCUCUCCACGCAGGCACAGAUGAAGCGGCUAAAGCACAUUGUACGAACUAAAGUGCCGCACGUCUUUCUGGACAGCGAGGCGCUUGUCGAGGGCAUUCGCGAGCUUCCGUUGGCACCUGCACGCAUCACCGGCGUUGUGCUACGCCGCGCACCUGUCGGUCGCGAGACGCUCGCAUGGCAAGAACGGCGCAUAUCCAACGCGGACUACCUUAUGAUACUCAACACGAUCGCUGGGCGCACGAUGAACGACCUGACGCAGUUCCCGAUCUUCCCAUGGGUACUUGCAGACUACGAUAGUGCGUCACUCGACCUGGAGCGCCCCGAGUGUUAUCGUCAGCUUGACAAACCCAUGGGUGCGCAAACGCCAUCCCGACAUGCCGAGUUCGUCGACCGCUACGAGCAGCUACAGCAGGUGCAGCUAGAGCCAUUCCAUUAUGGCACUCACUACUCGACAGCCACAAGCGUGUGUGGCUUUCUUGUACGAGUCAUGCCUUUCUCACAAAUUCUGCUCAGCCUGAAUGGCGGCUCCUUCGACCUGCCUGACCGCAUCUUCGCCUCAGUUGGCAGCGCAUGGGCCUCGGCAAGCGAGCGCUCUCGCGCAGACGUGCGCGAGCUCAUUCCUGAAUUCUUCUUUCUCCCUGAAAUGUUCGUCAAUAUGCAUGGCUUCAACUUUGGUACCACACAAGCCGGUGUCCCGGUAAACCAUGUGGUCUUGCCGCCAUGGGCUCAGAAUGAUCCAUUUCUCUUUGUCCAAAAGCACCGCGAGGCUCUCGAAUCUGACUAUGUCAGCGAACAUUUGCACGAGUGGAUCGACCUUAUUUUCGGGUACAAGUCACGCGGCCCCGAGGCAGUCGCGGCAACGAAUGUAUUCCAUCCCAUGUCCUACGCAGACAGCGUCGACUUGGAAGGCAUCGACUCACUCCUUGAGCGUCAAGCUGCUGCACAAGUCGUGCACAACUUUGGACAGACUCCCACACAGUUGUUCACGCGCGCACAUCCGCCCCGGCCGCCGCGGCUGGAUCCAGAGCCUUGGCACGCAACGGCAGACCUCCUCUUAUACCCAGCCUUUUUGCUCCAAGGACGAUUCCCCGUUACGCAUGCGCCCGGUCCUGUCAUACAUAUUAGUGGAGAGCCCAACACUCUCAUUGCAUCUACACGCGACCAGAUUGUGCUUGCCGGCACCAAGCUGAGUCUCUCAUUUGGCUAUGUCGACAACUCUGUGCGUUUUAUCGACGAAGAGGGCGAUCUCUUGGCGAUGUUAGAGCACGCAGCCGUAGGACGCAUCUCUUGCAUCGCUGCUCUCAGUGACAUGGUCGUGUUUGGGUCUGACGAUGGCAUGACGCAGCUAUACGCUCUGCAGCUCCCGUCACCACAUCUCGAAAUGCGAGCUUCUUUAUGUGGCCAUACAGGGGCCGUACUCUGUUUAGCUGUCUCCUCGACGUGGGGCAUCGCCGUGACCGGAAGUGCCGACCAAACGGCGAUUGUUUGGGACCUGCAUCGACACAGAUUCGUACGGCAGCUAACUGAACCAGAUCAGCCUGUGAAUCUCGUGGCGAUCGAUCACCAGCGUGGGUGGAUCGCCGCCGCCGCCGGAUUCGAGGUGUGGAUCUGGUCCAUCAAUGGUGUCUUGCUUGUUCACCAAAGUACGCGAAGCGCUACGAACGACCCGCCUUCUAGCAUGGAGUUCGUUGCACGCGAGUUUCACGUGGGCAAGUUGGGCGUGCUUGUCACGGGCCAUAUCGGAACCAUCGUGCUAUGGGACAUCGUAUCAAACCAUGCUCGUGCAUCGCCACCGCGCUGGUGUCUGGAAAAAAGCAUUAUUCACAAAGUACGGGAUGCGCCUGCGAAGAUCACAUGCAUUUAUUCGCCGUGUGCGUCUGUACUCUGUUCGGGCGACGAAAUGGGCCAAGUAUAUACAUGGGCGUUGCCAGGCAGUGCCAUUGUGCCACCUCAUGUCCAGGAGCAAUGCAUUGGGAGGUGCGAACGACGCUUUGGUUUCCUGGAUGUAAAGCGGCUGUGCCAGGGAUGUGCUGGUCUGGUAUGCAACAAGUGCUCUGGAUCAUACGCUGGUGGCCAGUUGCGUCUCUGCAAACCAUGCUCCAUCACGUUAGGAUCGCGUGGUAUGAGUUUAUAG